AACACUUUUCGCUAAGGUCCUAUAGCAAACGCCUCCGUCGUCUACCUGCUACAGCUUUGGAGUUUUCGCCCCCAUCCCUAGCCAAACCGCUUUCCGUUCUUAGCGUCGAAUCCUGCCCCCCCCCCCACUCCGCCUCUGAGCCAGAUUCUUGGGUUACGCGGAGCUGGGGGUGCUGUCCGGGAACUCAGGGUGCUGUGGAGGGUGAGCUAGGGCCAAACUGGCUUCUCUGGGCAAGCAGAAGCUCAUCUGCAGAAGAAACCUGAGAGAUCUGGAGAAUGUGCUGGACAGAAUGAAUACCUGAAUUUGCUAUACAGGAGAGCAGAGGGCAGUGUUUAGGAAGAGAUGGCCUGGCCCUGACCCACACUCUGGUGGGUGGAAGGCUCAAGGGUAGGUAGGGUGGCCUGGGGCACUCCACCCCCAACACGGAGAAAAACGACAGUUCCUCUCUAGGCCGCCUCAGCCGGCCUUCGGCAGGUGCACAGAGCCCCGUGGCGAAGCCGUACCCAGGGGCGCAACGCCACCUCGGACCUCUCCUCACGCUCAACCCGGCGCGCUCCUGGAGCUCCUGGAGCGCGCUCCACACGCAGGGAUCCGCGGCAGGUGCCUCGCCGCGCAGACUCGGCGGGCCGCCUUGGCCGGCCGAGCGGGGCGGGGCGACCGCCCUCGUCCCCCGCUGAGCACACCGGCCUCCCUCCGCUCUGCAAGGGGCGUGUGCGCGGGCCCCAUGUUCACCGAGCUGAGGGCCAAGCUGAGCCCCCCGCCGGGCCGCGCCGGAGCUGUGAGCGCCAGCUUCGGGGAGAGCCGGGAUGUGGAUGCCACUGCCCACUUCAGCUUCUGCCGGACGCUUCUGGAGCACACAGUGUCAGCUGAGAGCAUCCCUUGCCACUUGCCUCGGACCCCAGGCACCAGCCUCACGUGGCACGACUCCCGUAGCCAGAGGGCAUCCAGCAGCAGGCCCAUCAAGCUCCUGCAGCAGCCCGGUACAGAGACCCCACAGGGUCGGCUGUACUCUGACCACUAUGGCCUGUACCACACAAGCCCCUCUCUGGGCGGGCUGACACGGCCAGUAGUCCUGUGGAGCCAGCAGGACGUCUGCAAGUGGCUCAAGAAACACUGUCCCCACAACUACCUCGUCUACGUCGAGGCCUUCUCCCAACAUGCCAUCACUGGCCGGGCUCUGCUGCGGCUGAAUGCAGAGAAGCUGCAGCGGAUGGGGCUGGCACAGGAGUCCCAGAGGCAGGAGGUGCUGCAGCAGGUGCUCCACCUGCAGGUGCGUGAGGAGGGGCGGAGCCUGCAACUGCUCAGCCAAGCUUCCUUUGGAAACAUGUCCUAGCUGCUGCCAAGGCUUGAACCCCAGACCCCAGCACUGUGACCAGUGACCAAGACCCACGGCCAAGAAUGAGGCAGAGCUGACCCUGCAGAUCUUGGACCCUGCAUGAUGCCCUGUUGGCCAAGCCUGGCCCAGCAGACAGGCAGGACCAAGACUGUCACCUCCAGGUGCCUCUGGUCAGGCACUCCAGGUUGUACCCUGGGGCUAGAUGGGCAUGGGUCACUUGCAUGUGGCCCCCUCCAGGGACUUGAUUCCAGGCUCAUCCCCUGGUGCUGCUGGCAGCAUGCCACAGGUCAGCUUCCUGGAGCCAGAGUGGGGUUUGAAUGACCCCAGACUAUAAGGGAGUCUCUUUAUUUAUGUUCUCUUAACCAUGUGACCACCCUGCACCUGGCAUCUUUCCAAUUCUGUGUCUUCCCCAGCACUGCCAUAUCAGCUGCAUAGUGGAACAAACGUCAGCUUCAUUUGGCUUGUGUUUUCCACCCACCCCUGCUAGAGCCCAGCAGGCCCAACCCAUUGUCCAGAGGAACAGUCAUCAGCACCUGCCCCACUGGGCAUCUUACUAAAACUUCACUCAUUAUUUACGAAACCUUUUCUAUAUCCACAUCUACUUCUGAGAACUGAGGCUGAAAGUCCCAAGAUGCCCAGUCCUCAAAGUAAAUUGGCACAACAAAGACUUAGCCCUAUGUAGGCUCCAUUUUCAAUAUCCACUGGUUUGAUGGUGCCCCUGUCCUUGCCUAUAAGAGAGUCUUGCUUUUAAGCAUCUUCCCUAUUUCCUGGCUCUUGGACUUAACUUUCAAGUAGCAGUUGUGCAUGUGGGUAUUCCCCUUACCCCUUUCCCCAAACGUUGAUUCACAGGAGAGAAUAUAGGGAGCUACCCCGACUGUGUCUACCACCAGAUGCUUGGGCAGCCCUCUGUAGAAAAUUUGGAACUGGUGCUGCCCAGAAGAGGGACAGUGAGGGUGACCCUGGAAGUCCCCAGCAUCUUGCUCCUCUGCCUCUCCUACUGCCCUAGGGACUCUGAAAGUCUCAGGGACAAGUAAGGCUGAGCUUCCAGCGUCCUCUCUAUGUCCUGAGCUGGCCUCAGUUCUGCAGGCUUGUCCUUGUAGAUUCCAGGUGAGAUCUGGACAACUGGCCUGACAUCUCCCACGCUCUGUGCCCCCACCCACGGGAAUCAUUAUCUUGGGUCUGACUGCCUGAAGUACCCCUCUACAUGCCAUCAGCCUUCAGCCAGAGGGCCCAUCCUGGCCCUUUCUCCCUACUCUGUCUUGCCCAUCCCGUGCUACUGUCUUCCUUGUUUUUGUUCACUUUUUAUACUCUGACAAAAAAUCAGAAAUAAACUAGUUCUCAAGUA